CCUCUUCUUCACUUACUUCCUUAUGAAGAAUCGUAUCAUGCAGCUAGUUGAAGCAGAGAAGAAGAAGAUUAUACAAGAGUAUGAGAAGAAGGAGAAACAGGUCGACGUCAGAAAGAAGAUUGAUUACUCAAUGCAACUGAAUGCAUCGAGGAUCAAUGUUCUACAAGCUCAAGAUGACAUUGUCAAUGCAAUGAAACAAGAGGCUGCUAAGAAACUCUUGAAAGUUAGCCACCAUGGCUUUUUCAACCUUCAUCACCAUCAGUAUAAACAUCUCUUGAAAGAUCUCAUUGUUCAGUGUUUGCUUAGAUUAAAAGAGCCUGCAGUGUUACUGCGUUGUCGUGAAGAAGAUCUUCACAUGGUUGAGUCUAUGCUGGAUGAAGCGACUGAUGAAUAUUGUGAGAAAGCAAAGGUUCAUGCUCCUGAGAUUGUUGUCGACAAGGACGUUUUCCUUCCCCCUGCUCCUUCAGAUGAUGAUCCUCAUGCUCUUUCCUGUGCAGGAGGAGUGGUGUUGGCUUCUCGUGAUGGGAAAAUCGUGUGUGAAAACACGCUUGAUGCGAGGUUGGAGGUUGCCUUCCGCAAGAAACUUCCCGAGAUCCGAAAGUCACUCAUUGGCAAGGUUGGUGAAGCUUGAUGAAUGACUCCUCCAACUUUAUAUAUUUAAGAAAAGUUUGUGGCUCUCCAUAUAUCCAUUUCUUUGUCUUGUCACCAUUUUUUUUUUUUGAAACUUUGUGUAAUGUACUUGUUGAUGGGCAUUGAACUUUUGUUGUUAACUGUAGUUCAAUAUUUUUUUGGGUUUGGUGAUGUAAUAAUAAAGUGUAAGUUGCUCUA